AUGGCGUCUGAACUCCCGCCGCCAACCAAGAAACGAAUCAUCUUGUGUUGCGACGGUACCUGGCAGAACUCCGGCAAUGGCCUGAUGCAGAUUCCCUCCAACGUGACACGGAUCUCGAGAUGUUUCAAACGACGAUGCCGCGAUGGAGUUUUCCAGGUCAUUUACUACCAAUCCGGCGUUGGCUCCCGAUCAGAUCUGAUCGACCAUCUUCUCGGUGGUGCUCUUGGAGUUGGUAUAGCCGAGAACAUCCGGGAAGCUUACGCCUACCUCUGCGCCAACUAUGUCGAUGGGGACGAGAUCGUCAUCGUUGGCUUCAGCCGCGGUGCUUUUACGGCAAGAUCCAUUGGCGGCAUAAUAUCCGACCUUGGAUUGCUUACACGCAAAGGGAUGUACUUCUUCUAUCCUGUCUUCAAAGACAUGCAAAACUGGAUGAAUCCAGACUAUCAAGACCCGUUCCCGCAACAGCCAUUCUCAGACAAGCCGAAGGGCGGUGACGCCGUAUACGAGUAUCGAAAGCGACUCCUUGAGAAAGGAUACACCCGUGUCAAACAACAUCGUGGCCAGGGCGAUUUGAUCAGGGUUAAAGCCAUUGGGGUAUGGGACACCGUUGGAGCUCUUGGAUUUCCCGAGAUUGAGCAUGGGUUCCACGCACUCGGUUUAGACGAAACCCGUCGCCCGUUCACCCCAACUCUUUGGGAAAGGCAGUCGGAAGAUCAAGACUCUUCCGAUCUUCGUCAGGUCUGGUUUCCCGGAAGCCACAACAAUGUGGGAGGCGGCUGUGAGGACCAGGGUGUUGCCAAUACCACACUCGCUUGGAUGAUGGACCAGUUAGCUUCUGUUGGGUGCGAAUUCAGGGGCGACUGCCUCGACAGAGUCUACGAGCGCAACCGGGAAUACUAUUUGAAUGCAUCAGCACGAUCGGAGGUGAGUAUCCUGACUGAGUUGGCUGCAUGUUGCCGCGGCGCGCCAGCGAAGAAGCCUCGCCCGUGGGCAGUUCAUUCAAUCUUCGAGCCCAACAAUCCUGUUCGCCCCUGGUCAUUGCACGCGAUCGAAACCGAUCCGAGCCCGCUAUAUGCCCUCGCAGGUUACAAAACUCGAUCACCAGGCAUGUACCGGAAGAUCAACCCGGAUACUGGUCGUCCCUUGAAAGCCUUUCUCGAGGACACGAACGAGCGCAUCCACAGUAGUGUGCGAGUUCGACUGGCUUGUGGAGGGCUUGGACCCAACGAUUCGGGAGUUUGGCACUGCCCGGCCUUACUCAAGUAUUGGCGCCCCUGUCAAGUAGCUCAGCAGUUCGACGAUCCGGUCCCAAGGGUUGCGAGCUGGGGACCACAGGGAUCUAAUAACGAGCCCAAAGUCACCAGCAUCGUCGACACUAGUGACAAACUCAGCCGAGGAUCAACUGAUACUGACGAGACGGCGAAGGGAGCAGAGAACGAAUCAAAGGAUAUUGCGAGUAAGGGCGGCGACAAGGCAGCUGAUAUUCCGACCGAGUACAUUGGCCCCGAAGCAGCUGCGCCGAAGGUCAGGACGAUGGUUGAAGAGAACAUGGGACCCUUUGAGAGACACCUCUUGGAGCUGUCGUCUGGUAAGGUGCCUGUCAUUUGCUACGCAGAAAACCAAGACCCCAGCACAUUCAAAGCCUUCACCCACAAGGCUCUGAGAAAGGCGAUGAAACAAGCGGAAGACUCGCAGGAGCCUGCGGUUUGA